AUGUCUAUUACACUCGAUCACGAAGAGGCACAAUAUGCAACGUGGGUUGAACUUUUUCAGAUUCAGGCUUGUGCUUUCAAUGUUCUAGAUCAUAUUGAUACUACCGUUUCUCAUCCGACGGAGAUUGAUGAUGCAACUUGGAAGAGGUUGGAUGCUAUUGUGAAGCAAUGGAUUUAUGGAACCAUUUCCAAAGACCUUGUUCACAUCAUCAUGAAACUGAGUGCCACGGCUCAAGAAUUAUGGACCUGGCUUGAGGAGUUGUUUCAUGAUAAUAAGCAUACUAGGGCAGUGUACUUGGAGGAACAAUUUACCAACACCAAACUCGAACACUAUGCUAAUAUGUUUGACUAUUGUAAGCAAAUUAAGUUCCUUGCAGAUCAACUUGCUAACGUCGAUUGUUCGGUCUCCAAUCAAAAGAUGGUUAUGCAACUUAUUGCGGGAAUCACCAAGGGUAAGUAUGACACCGUCGCUGCAAACAUCUCCCAAACCAAACCCACACCAAGCUUCAACAAAGCACGCUCCAUAUUCCUUUUGGAAGAAACUCGACAAAAGAAGCAAAAGGAAUCGAGUCAACAUGUUCUUGUGGCCCAAUCCUCUCAAACCCAGUCCAUAUCAGCUGUGUCACAGCCCAACCACCAGCAGGCGGCAGCCGAUCAGCGUGAUGGUGGUGCUAACCGAGGAAGGGGGCGGGGUGAUGGUAUCAACAGCAAGCCUAAAGGCCGUGGAAAGGGUCGUGGGAACAAUAAUAGUCAACAACAACAUCAACAAUCUGGGCCACGGUGGCAAGCCCAAAAUCAACAGGCCCCUCAGUAG